AUGGCGGCUGCUCCUGUUGAAGAGCAGGCCCGCGCCAGCCCUCAGCGAAACUGGCUCUUACAGGCGCUUAUCCAAGUGGUAGUAAUCCACACCUUGAUGUCCAUCUUUGGCGUCAAGCAGCGCAACACGCUCGACCCUGUCACUGGGAAGCCUGCGCCGGCGUUGAAGAAUUACCUCGCCACCAACGACCUUUACGAUGUGUUCGUAUACGUGAGCGAAGAACCGUACCUAGGGUUGGAUUCCUUGGAGAACAACGCCAAGCUUGUCUUUUCCGCUGAAAACCGCGCAUACACGCACAAAUUCAAUCGCGCCUUCGAGAUAGAAGAAGUCAGCGUGGAGGCGCCUUCCACUUUCUUCCACAGCGAUGAGAGUGUGUUACACGCCAUCGUCUUUUUGGUCCCGCACAAGUCGUACGCAACACGCGGCUCGGCGCUCCACCUUUCCACCUUCAAAGAGGGCUUCGAUGGGCAUGUGAUCGUAAGAUCGCUCCCACUCACCACUGUGCGCCCUGUGAAGCGCAGCAAGGAGGUGAGCCUCGUCGGCUCCGACGCCGAAUCGGCGGCUGAGGAGGAAGAGGAGCUGUGCAAGCACUGGAUUCCUCGCCUCGACGUGAACCUGGUGUACGAGAAGGCGCCUUACGUAAGCCGUCCCGGUGACAUUUACUUCCAGAAUUACGAAAUGCACCCUGCGGAGGGAGUGUACGACCCUCUGCUGUACCUAUCGCAGUUUUGGGUGUUGGAGGAGCACUACCAGUGCGUCCGUCCCGAGAUGGCCGACAAGCCCCUGGAGUUGAAGGUCCACUUCUCCACAUGCAGCUCCACUUACUUCCUCAUGACGACGCAGUUCAAGGCCAACGUUGAGACCGGCGGAAUCCUGGGCAACCAGUCCGCGAAGGAGUUCGAGAUGUUCAAGCGCACGCUGAUGACGACCAACAUCUACAUGUUGAUCUUCUCCGGCGCGUUCAUUUUGCUGCACAGCGUCUUCUCGUUCUUCGCUUUGAAGAACGACAUCCAGUUCUGGCACAAGAACGACUCCAUGGAGGGCCUCUCGGCGCUCUCGGUGGUGAUCAGCUUCGUCUGCGACGUUAUCGUUGCGCUGUACGUGUUCGACAGCGAGAACGUGUCGUGGCUGAUAUUGUUCGAGAUGGGUAUCGGCGUGGCUGCUUCUGCCUGGAAGGUGUCCAAGGCGAUUAAGAUCAAGAUGAAGCGCCAGUUCCCCUUCGUCGAGCUCGGCAAUGCAAACGUUAGUGUCGAUGUGUAUUUUGUAAAUGGUGUGCAGAACUACGUCGAGUCCAACACCAAGAAGUACGACGAGCAGGCCAUCAAGUACAUGAGCAUGGUGAUGCUUCCGUGCGUGGUGGCGUACGCGAUCUACUCGUUGUUCUACGAAAAGUACAAGUCGUGGUACUCUUACUUCAUUUCGGUUGCUGCGGGUUCCGUCUACACCUUCGGUUUCAUCAUGAUGACUCCUCAAAUUUACAUCAACUACAAGCUGAAGUCGGUGGACCACCUCCCGUGGCGCGCUCUGAUCUACAAAUCGCUGAACACUUUCGUGGAUGACGUGGCGUCGUUCUUGAUCGAGAUGCCGUGGAUGCACCGGCUGUCGUGCUUCCGUGACGACAUCAUCUUCUUCUGCUACCUGUACCAGCGCUGGGCCUAUCGCGUGGACCCCAAUCGCCCGAGCGCCUGGAACCACCCCCAGCAGGAGACUCAGGCAGUGACUGAGGGCCAAGCUGCUGAGACUAGCAUUGAGAACGAGCCAGCUACCACUGCUGAGGAUGAAACCGCACCCACGAGGCGCCGUUGA